UAAAACACCAAUGAGUUGCCUUUACAACAUAUUGGGCGUCGCAAAGACCGCAAGCGAGAUCGAAAUCAGACAAGCCUAUCGGAAACUCGCCGUGCAAUCCCAUCCGCAGACGACAGGCGCCGCCGUCGAAGAGUUCAAGCGGAUCACGAAUGCUUACGAGAUUCUCGUCGACGACCGUAAGCGCGCAGCCUACGAUCUGAUCAUCAGAUCUAAUGAAAGUGAGCCUCGUCAGCGUGAACCGCAGAAGCAGUCGAAUGCCGGUCAAUCUAAUCGCGGCGGCUACACAAAAUCGUCUCAGUCUCGUCGAAAACGCCGCGCCGCCGCCGCCUUGAGAUUUCUAAGACGCGUUUGCGUGGGAUUUUUGAAGUUCACAGCUCAAGUAAUCGUGGAAGCUGUUGCUAAUUUUGAUUUUGUUGAUUGUUUUGUUGAUUUGGUUGAUUAAGGCUCUUUUCCAAUCUAUUUACAAGGUAUAUAUGUAGUAUGAAAUAAAACGUUGAAUCUAUAUCUAUAUAAAAGCUCAUCCAAAACUAGAGUGAUUUCUAUACCAAUCACUAUUUAGUCCUAUCUUAAAUUUGGUAAUUAACAAUUAAUUAAAGCAUUAAAUAUGAUAAUUAGUUGAUAUCAUAAAUAUGUCAAUAUUGACUAAUUCAUUCACAUAUUAAUAGUCGGUUAUAUGUAUGCACAUGUAUAUAAUCUAAUAUAGUACAUAACAUAUGUAUGUACAUAUCAAUGUACUUAUUUUUUGUGAUUUAUUUCAUAUAAUAUAGAUAGAUUAGAAUUAGUACAUAACAUAUGUAUAUUUAUGAUGAUU